AUGGGACUUUUGGGCAGCCCAUCCCAGUUGAAAACGGCAUGUUUUAUAUUAAUGUUUUCAUUGCAAUUGUAUGCAAAUGUGUGCAAUGCACGCUUGGGUGGACAAACAGGAACAUCUCUGUUACCUGAACAUCACGAAGUCCUGCUCGCGACGUUAUAUUUACCUGGUGUCCGGAAGGCCCCAAGUCACUCAAGCAGAUCUGCCUGUCUGUAUGCUGCUGUAACAGUUUCUAUUUACAAAUGUGGACUAACACAAGAUAACCUCGGAGUGAAAGAGCGCUGCUUGAUGUGGUUCAGUCAUUGCUACAAUCUGCUUGUAUUGGUCAGGUAA